UAUGGAAACGCCAGAUCGACGGAUGUCAGCGGGAAGAGGAAAUGAGAAGACCAAAUUGAAACUGCAAAUUCGACCAAUGCCUUCUUCGAACAGAAAACUGGACUCACUGCAUAUAUCACCUGAACAUUGCGACAAAGACACAGCUGAUAUGGAAACGCCAGAGCGACGGAUGUUAUCUGGCAGAGGAAAUAGGGAAAAUUCAGCAUUUUGCCAAACAGACGAAGAACUUAGAUUUUGUGAUACAGCUCUAAUACAAGAAGCUCAGAGAGUUCUGCCAUCCAUAUCUGUGGAAGAACAAAUUAUGAAGGCUCUAAAUAGAGCAGCACUUAACGGGGAACAAAGGUCACUGUCAUCAACCGCCAUGGCAGUAAGCGAACAACAGGUGUUUCUAGACGAUGAGUUUGUUGAUCGAAAUAAAGCAAUGCUUGGUGAUGUACAGAGGCGACAUAACGAGAUCGACAUCUUUGAGAGAAAAACCGCCUCACUUGAAAAGACGAUAGAAGAUCAAAGGGCAGAGUUAAAGAAAGCCUGGGAGAAGGAAAAAUCGCUGAAAAAAACAAUAGAACAGCUAGAGAAAGAAUGUUCCGGUUUGAGAAAAUGCAAUCAAGAGCGGAGCUCUGCUUUGAACCAGAAACAAAGUGAAUUAGACAAAAAAAGACAGGAGCUACAAUCACUGCAGAACACAAUCAAAUGUAAAAAUGAAUGCCUAAGAAAGUAUAAUGAAACAUUAAGGAAAAAUAAGAAACACAUAUCAGAUUUGGAAGAUGAAAAAUCGCAUUUGAUGGAAGAGCUCAUACAGCAAUUAAAAAGACAUCAUGAAGAAAAACGCAAGAUAGAAAGGUUGGAGAAUGAGAAGGAAAAGAUUGAAAAAGAAGUUAAAAGCCACAAGGAAAAACAGUCAAAACAGGACGAAGAAAUUCAACAGUUUGAAAAGGAGAAGCAAAGCCAAUGUGAAGAGAAAAUAAGAGCGCUUGAAGAUGAAACACACAAACUGAAGGAUGAAAUAGCUCGGCUUAAAGAAAAUUCAGACGUUUUGAAGAGGGAGGAAAUCAUUCAAAGGUUAACGGAUGAUAAGUUAAGGACUGAAAAAGAAAUGAAAAGGCUGGAAUAUGAGAACAAGAGGUUGAAUAUGAUAUUUUUAGAUGAGGAUAAAGAAGAGGAAACACAAAGGUCUGAAGAAGAUUUUGAACGGUUGGACGAUGCAAACAAGAGGUUGAGUUUGAAACUUGCGGAACAGGAAGAGGAGAAACGCAGGUUUGGUUCUCCAUACAUUCUCUGUCUUAGAUUCUUUAUGACCUUCCUUAGGUGUCUCAACUGGGAUAAUCUACCUGGACUCUGUCACCUUGAGCCUCCUGCCCCAGGGUUGUGCUGCGAGCAACCCAGAUGUCCCAGCGGUGUAAUCAUCAAUAUCCCUAUUGCCUAUAAAGAACAAUACCCUGGAUACAACUAUGCAAAAUAG